CUUGUGUAUUAGAGGCAUGCAUGAUUGUCGGUACAAUAGUGAUGGCUAAAAUGGGGAAAGUCGCCAGUAAUAUUUACUGAUGAAGUCAAUACCCACAACUUUUUAACCCUCAAGAAACCUACAUUACCGACGGCUUUUACCGGUUACCGACGGCUAUUACAGCACCUCAUAACACGAGUUUACUUUUAUUCUGCUCAAAUCUUGCAGAUUAUAUAUGUGCACGCUGUUUUCAAGUUUUAGUGAGAAAGGCCAUGUCUUCUUCAAAGAGCAUUGCUAGCAGUUCUAGUGAAGAUGAUAAUAAUGAACUUAGAAGAGGGCCUUGGACUAUUGAGGAGGAUAAUAUGCUCACCCAACACAUUACUAAUCAUGGGGAAGGGCGUUGGAAUUUGCUUGCUAAACGUUCAGGAUUAAAGAGAACAGGGAAAAGUUGCAGAUUAAGGUGGCUAAAUUAUCUAAAACCAGAUGUAAAAAGGGGAAAUUUAACACCAGAAGAGCAGCUUUUGAUUCUUGAACUCCACUCUAGGUGGGGAAACAGGUGGUCACAAAUUGCACAGCAUUUGCCAGGCAGGACAGACAAUGAAAUCAAGAACUACUGGAGAACCCGGAUUCAGAAACAAGCAAGGCAUUUGAAAAUUGACACAGAUAGCAAGGAGUUUCAAGCACUUAUUAGGCGUUUGUGGAUGCCAAAAUUGCUUCAGAAAGCAAAAGAAUCAUCUUCUUCAGCCAUGUCCAUAAUCCAAAACCAGGAUAUUCCUUUGCCUCCUGAUAGUGUUUCUCAGUAUUCAACAAUACCAACACCAAUCCCUUGGGAGGGACCUUGUAUGAAUGAAGCAGGUCCCAGUUAUUUGGAUCAACAUGAGCACAACAAUGGUUCAUGCAAAUCCUUUUCCGAGUCAGCAAAUAUCCCAAAGGUGCCUCAGCAAUUGGGAUAUACAACUAAUCAAUUUCAUGCCUUAGAUAACAAUGACUUUGACACAUUCACAUAUGAUGGCUUUGAGAUGGAUACCUUCAAAAUGGGAGCUGUAAAAGUAACUGAGGAUGUGCAAUUCUCAGUUGGUGAUUGUCACAUGGCAGAAAGCAAUUGGGUACACAAUGAUUUUGCAUGUGGCAUGUGGAACAUGGAUGAAUUGUGGCAAUUUAGAAACUUGCAAUAAGGUUUUGGUUUUUUUUUCAGCACAUACUAUCUUCCACUAGAUGCUACUAUUCGAGGCAGGAUUCAUCAUAUCCUAGUUUGAGUGUUUGACAGACUCUUCCAACAAGACUUUUUUUUUCCAUACACAAGACUUUAACUUGAUCAUGUUUAAGUGGAAUUAAACACGUAACACUUGAAUAAACUACCCGUCAGUUAGUUUUUUGGAAAAACCCAAAUACUGUGUUUUAUGAUAUAUGUUAUUUUUAUUACACAAUCAAUUGUUGAUUAGCCAUUAAAUUAACUAAUGUAGGUGGUGACUGUUUUAAGUCCA